AUCUUUCUAAUGAAGGUCUUUUUUCCUAUAAUGGAAUUUGCAUAUUAAUUAUGCUCUGAGCUGAAGAGAUGCCUGUUCCAAAAAUAAUAAAGAAACCAGCUCCCUCUAGUGACCCUGCUGCAAAUGCUAAGUCACUUUCUCUAGCUGGGAAGUGGGCUGACUACCAGUUCAAGACUCUCAAACAAUGUGACCUCUCCAACUGCACCAAAAGAGAGAUCAAAGAGUAUUUCAAGAACACCUAUGACUUGGAAGAAUUCCUAUUUUCGGCUAUUCAAGAUGAGAAGUACUUGUACAGAUGUCCUGAUCGGCUUCGUCUUCCCCUCAUUUUCUACCUCCCCCACCCGUCGAGUAUGUACAUCAACAAGCUCAUGUUGGCAGGACUCCUCACUGAACGUGUUAAUUCUGAGUUUGAGAAGCUCUUUGAAACCGGAGUGGAUGAAAUGUCAUGGGAUGAUACGGAGAACUAUCGCAUGGGUGGGGCGUUCCAAUGGCCCAGUGUUCACGAUGUAUUGAGUUACCGUGAUAAAGUACGAGGCGUGAUUGAUGAUGUCAUUGACAACACACUCCUCCAGCUACCAGUCACUCAUGACAGCCCCUGGUGGGCAGUGUUCAUGGGAAUAGAACACGAGAGGGCUCAUAUUGAGACCUCCUCGGUGCUCAUUCGCCAGCUGCCAGUGGAAGCCCUCAGAAAGCCGGAUAACUGGACCUAUGCCCCUCCCACUGCAGGCACUCCCCCUGGCCCCAACAAGUUCAUCAAGGUGCCGGCUGGGAGGGUGGUUGUGGGAAAACCACAGGACUUUCCCUCAUUCGGCUGGGACAACGAGUACGGACGACACCAGGCUGAAGUACCUGAGUUUGAGGGUUCCCAGUAUCUGGUGAGCAAUGAGGAGUUUCUGGAGUUUGUCAGUGAUGGAGGCUACAGCAAACCAGAGCUGUGGACGGAGGAGGGUUGGAAGUGGCGAACAUUUCGCGGUGCUAACCACCCGGCCUUCUGGGUGUGUGGGGAGGGGUGCAAGUCUGGCUGUGGGGCGGAGCUAGCCUCGUACUCUCACUGCACCAUUGCCAAUGGAGACAGCACUCCACACAAGGAAAGAAGCAAUGGGACUACUUCUAAUUGGAAACCCACCAAGUGCAAGUACAUGUACCGUGCGAUGUUUAAUGUGUUAGAGAUGCCUUUGUACUGGCCAGUGGACGUCAACUAUCACGAGGCCAGGGCCUACUGCACCUGGAAAGGGUCAGAGUACAGACUACCCACUGAGGCGGAACACCACCGAAUGAGGGGAGACAAGGAUCCAUCAUGUGAUGUGUCAUGUGACCCUAGUGCCUUCAACAGCAAACACCCUUCCAACUCCAAUCUCAAGUACGGAUCAUCCACUCCUGUCAACAUGUACCCUCCGACCUCCAUGGGGUUUUAUGAUGUGUUUGGUAACGUCUGGAACUGGACAGAAGACCAUUUUAACGGCCUGCCAGGAUUCAAAUCUAUGUAUCUCUAUGACGAUUAUUCUUCUCCGUCUUUCGAUGGUAGACACAACAUAAUGAUGGGUGGGUCCUGGAUCUCUACCGGACAUGCGGCCUCACGAUUUGUUAGGUACUCAUUCCGUCGUCAUUUCUUACAACACAGUGGAUUUCGAUUGGUUCGUUCGGCUGAGCCCACUCCGGUGAGGGUGUGCAAUGUGGAGGUGUUUGUGCUCGGGGCUGGAGUGUCAGACAACCCAGUGACCACUCCCGGAGUGGACCUGGAGACGGCUUCAGUGGAGAGUACCAACAAACAGUACCACUUUGAGACAGAGGACAAACUUCAGGAACAACUUGCACUGGAGUAUGGAGCACAGGACAACUCGACCAGUCUAGUGGAGUUCAUUGACAAGACAGUGAAAGAGCAAGGCUGUGGGACGGCCAAUGCUAUCCAGUUUGGUUGUGGUACUGGUAUCAAUUCCUUCCUCCUCACCAAGGUCUUUGACAUGCUCAAGGCUGUGGACUAUUGUGGGAGGUUUAUCGAUGCUGCCCUCAGGAUACAGUCUGGAGGGUUGGUCCAGUACAGGGAGGGAAAGACAGCUACAGUGCCAGCUGGAACCAAGCCAGAGAAUGUGACCUUCAUUCAACUGACGUGGAUCCCCAAUGAGAUUGAGGGCUACGAUGUGGCCGUGUUUGAAUUCAUUGAUCGUCUGAGUGAGCCGAGGGGGUGGCUACUCAAACUGUGGGAGGCCGUAGUGUCAGGGGGUGUGGUCAUAUUCCUCACAAAUACAGAUAGCAAGUGGGACAAGACCAAGGUUGGAGAUGUCAUCAGGAAAAGGUUUGAUUUGAAGCUGACGGCUGCCGUGGGCAACAAGACGGCCAUGGUCUGGAAGCGAAAACCAUAAACUGAAUCCUGCAUAGAUAAUAGUUAUUUUCAAAUGCUCAGAUCUUUUUGCGCAUUUGUCAUCGUUAAAUAGUCCAAAAGAACAAUUAUUUUUGUCAACUGAUAAAUAAAUCCCAUAGCCAUUAUAGUUUGAUCCUCCACUGCAUGCAUGAAUGCUUUUGUUGAUCUAUGCUCCAUACUGUUGAGACAAAUUAAUAUUUAUAAUGGUUAAUUAAA